AUGGCGACUAGAGGUAGCAGAUCGGAGAAGGUAAAGAGGAUCUUCCAGCAAUUCGAUUUGAACAGAGAUGGUGGUCUUAACAGAGAAGAAAUGUCUGCCCUUGUUGUUGCUGUUAACCCUAGAGUUAGAUUUAGCGAUGAGCAAAUUAGUGCCAUCCUCGACGAGGUUUUCCGUACGUACAGCGAUUUCAUCGACACUGAUAAAGGGCUUACUUACGACGGCCUGUUACGAACCUAUGACGACGGCGCCGGGGACGUCGACCGUGAUUUUGAAGCAUUAGCGCUUGAACUGAAGUCCGACGAUGAUAACGAUAACAGCAAUAACAACAAUGAACCUGCAUCUUCAAUGGCGUUCGAAGAAGCUUCGACAUCGUUGGUUGUCGAUGAGAGAGUAAAGUCACCGGAACCGCAGAAGCAACAUCGAACGGCAACAUGGGCAGCGUCGCCAAACCACGGGAUUAUCUUCGACGACACAUGGAAACUCGUCGACGAUUUAGAGAUUCUGAUAAAGCGGUUAAAGGCGAAGCAAAUGAAAGAUUUAAAAACCAAAGGCGAACAUUCCGAUGCCUUUUCCGAUCCAGGGUGGUCUAGAGAGCUUGGUCCAUCAAUGGAGAUGAACAAACAUAUCAUUUGGGACGAAACCAGACACGAUUACACCAUUUUCGUCAAAGAAUUAGGGGUUUUAAGAUCUAGAGCAGACGGGUCAAGAUCAAGAGAAGAAGCAUUCGAUGGACAUAUGGCAAUCGGUCGUCUUCUCUACGAUCAACAUUUAUUCAAAGAAGCCCUGGUAUGUUUCAAAAGAGCCUGCGAACUACAACCCACCGACGUCAGACCCCAUUUCCGGGCCGGAAACUGUUAUUACGUUCUCGAUCAACACACCGAGUCAAAAGAAGAGUUCAUAUUAGCGUUAGAUGCAGCCGAAGCAGGAGGUAAUCAAUGGUCUUAUCUUCUCCCCCAAAUUCACGUCAAUCUUGGAAUCGCUCUUGAAGGUGAAGGUAUGGUUAUCAGUGCUUGCGAGCAUUACAGAGAAGCCGCCAUUCUUUGCCCUACUCAUUUUCGAGCUUUGAAGCUUCUGGGUAGUGCUCUGUUCGGUGCCGGAGAAUAUAAAGCCGCCGUGAAAGCCUUAGAGGAGGCGAUUUAUCUAAAAAACGAUUAUCCCGAUGCACAUUGUGACCUUGCUUCAGCUCUUCACGCAAUGGGUAAUGAUGAUAAUGCUGUUAAAGAGUUUCAGAAAGCCAUCGAUUUGAAACCUGGACACGUGGAUGCUUUGUAUAACUUGGGUGGUCUUUAUAUGGACAUGGGUCGAUAUCAAAGAGCUUCAGAGGUUUACACUCGGGUUUUAGGGUUAUGGCCUAACCAUUGGCGAGCUCAGGUGAACAAAGCGGUGUCUUUAUUAGGCGCCGGUGAAACUGAAGAAGCUAAAAAGUCGUUAAAAGAGGCUUUGAAGAUGACUAGUAGAGUUGAGUUACAUGAUGCCCUUUCUCACUUGAAGCAACUUCAAAAGAAGAAAGGAAACGGAAACCGGAAUGGAAUCGGUGUGGAUGCGUUUACCAUCAUCGAACCAUCGAAAUUCAAAACUUUAGGUGAAAAAACGACAUUAAGGCAAGAAUUAGCAAGGGCUCUUGAAAUUCGGUCUUUUCAGAGGGUUACACGGCUAUUCCGGUGUGAUGUUGAGCUUUUAAAGAAGGAAAUGAACGAUUCCAAGACCCCGUUAACGUAUUCCGGUUACGGUGUUCCGGAGAAGUCUAUACGAAAAGCGGCAUUGGAAUCCAUUCUUCGAAGACUACUUGGUUUCUUGAAACCCGAAACUUUUGUAGGAUCCGUCAAGGCGAUUAAUUUAAAAAUCCUUUCCGUUCUUGACGAAUCGGAAUCCGGAAGGGUCGAUUUGGGAAUGUUUUUCGCAGUUCUAGCUCCGAUUUGCGGUGGUUCGCCGGAAAAACGAAAAAGGGUAGCGUUCGAUUCGCUUCUAUGGCGUCCGGUGACCGGAAUCUCCGAUUCCGGACGGAUUACAAAAGCCGAUGCGACACGUUACAUAAAGUUAUUGAGAUCAAUCUACAUUCCAUCACAUAACACGAGCGAAAUGACGGAGAUUCACGGUGAAACGGAUGAUUCAUUGGUGUCAUUAACCGACUUUCUUGCUAUGUUUGAUGAUCCGGAAUGUGGUUUUGGUGUAAUGUCGAUUCUAUUGAAGCUGGAAAGUGGCGAUCGGAAUCGGCAUGGGAAUACGGUUUGCUCGGUUUGUCGGUACCCGGUAAUUGGGGCGCGGUUUAAGGAGAUGAAGCUGCGGUUUAGUUUGUGUAGCGGGUGUUACAGUGAAGGGAAAGUGCCUUCGGGUUUGAAGCAAGAAGAGUAUUGUUUUAAAGAGUAUGGAAGUGGGAGUGAAGCCGUGAAAGAUAAGUGUAUGUGGUUUAGUUCAAAUCAUAAUCCUAAAAAAUGA